AUGCCAACUUAUUUCCCUAAUGAUAUAAAGUACAAUCCUGUACCCUUUGACUUAACUUAUGUGGUAUAUGAUCCUAAAGAUCCUUUAGGAAUACUUUGUGUUCAUUUGUCAUUAUUCCCAAUUUACACCAUGGUGUUUUACGCAUCGUGGUUUCUCUUAACAAGAGAAAUUGAACCUGUUAUUGUGGUAGGUGGUCAUCUUGUUAGUGAAAUCAUCAAUAAGUUUGCAAAGAAAUUCUUGAAAGAACCAAGACCAGAUUUCCAUAAAGAAUUUGGUACUGGUUCUUUAAGUUAUGGUAUGCCUUCAGCCCAUGGUCAACAUAUGGGAUUCUUUGUAGGUUAUUUCCUUUGUAUACUAUUAUUCAAAAUUAAUAACUUACCGCCAAUGCAAAAAUACCUUGGAUGUAUAAUAUUAUCUUUGACUAGUUUGGGUGUAUGUUUUUCAAGAGUUUACUUAUUAUACCAUACUGCACAACAAGUAAUUGUUGGUACAUUAUUUGGAAUGUUCUUAGGAAUGAGUUUCUUCUUAGUUACUUCCGUUAUGAGAGAUGUGGGUCUUAUAGAUUGGAUUCUUAGCUGGCCUUUUGUAAAAUUUUUUUAUAUAAAAGAUUCUUAUUUCCAUAGUUAUCAAAGUUUUAAAGAUGAAUAUGAUUAUUAUUUAUCAUUAAAAUCUUCAAAUACUUUGACUAACUUAACAAAAAUAUGA